AUGAGCAGUGUGCAGCCCCGCUUCUACUCCCAACAACCCCAUUCUCGUCGCUCCGUCUCCACAAUGAAUCAAGAAACCAUAUCGCUCUCUCGCGCAACCUCAGUCUCACGUGCUUCCAAGCAAGGCUCGACGGUCUCACGAAACCAGUCGCUGAUCAAGAAGAACGUCGCGCCCCACGACCUUCGCCCUUCUGACAUCCUCAUCGAGCGAUUUGUUGCAUGGAAGGCCAUCGUCAAGCAGCUAAUCGCAUACUUCGAGGGAAUCGCUGACAUCCACAACAACACGGCCCGAGAACUCAUCAAGCUCGGGGCAGUCAUCCAAGUACCUUUCAGGGCGGGAAACCAGUUCUUGGGCGAAGGCGGGUUACAGGAUGUGUACUACAACAUACGCGACAAAACACGUUCCAUAGCAGAUCAGCAUGCCAACUUGGGCAGAACCAUCGAUAGUUCCAUUGUUCAGCAUCUCCAGAAGCUCCGAGCAGAGAUUAAGGCUCAUGUCAAGAAUGUCCAAAACGACACUGGCAAAUUGGCUACAAGCGUUGCAAGGGAGCGUGAACUAUCCACGAAGCUCGUCGCCGAGCUCGCCAACUCCAUCUCCUCCUACAAGAACAGUCCGCUCCAAGUUACUAGUAAGACCGAUCCAUACGUAUCCAAUCAAGCCGUUGUCCGCCAACUACAGAAGCAAGUCCACGAGGAAAACCUCCUCCAGAAGUCUAUCAUCAUUAUGCAGCAAAAUUCCGCUCAUUUCGAAGAGGGUAUCGUUCGAGCUCUACAAUCCGCCUGGCAAACAUACGAUGAGUGGCAAGGCCGAAUGACGUCACAAAUCGCCGACAUCCACACCCGCUUGUCCGAGAACUUUGGUUCGCUAGCUCCUGAUCGAGAGUGGAUCAGCUUCAGCGCCCGCUCGGACCACUUGCUUGACCCCGAGACACCUCUUCGAAACCCAGAUACGAUCGUGUACCCGUGCAAAGAUGACCCCAUCAUCAUUCCCGUUCACACUGGCAUCCUCGAACGCAAGAAGCGCUACACACGCACGUACCGGGAGUCGUUCUAUGUGCUUACGGCUGCUGGCUUCCUCCACGAGUACGGUUCCUCGGAUCCCGCGACACACGCUGGACAGUCGCCCAUCUUCUCCUUAUUCCUGCCUGCCUGCACGCUUGGCCCGCCUUCGAGCUCUGGCGCCAAGUCCCACAAAUUCCACAUCGAGGGCAGGAAGGACGGCAUGGGAGCCAUCAAGACGGGCUCUUUGCGCGAGAAGAUGCACAUCGGGAGUCGCAGCGCAUAUGCGUGGAGUUUCAGGGCCCGCAGCCGCGAGGACAUGAUGGAGUGGUGGAACGACAUCCGCAUGCUUUGUGCGAGAUAUUUGGUCGCGAGCGAGACCAUUGAACGAAGUGGACCGAUUGCGGCAGCUGUAAGGGCCGCUGGGUAUAUCAGCGAGGAGGAAGAUGACGACGAUGAAGGUAGUAGCGUCGAAGAGGAGGAGGAUGGCGCACAGCAUGACGACGAUGAUAUAUAUGCGGACGCUGAUGGUGCCGACAUGCCCCCUUCGUAUUCGCACCCAGUGAAGGGACAAGCCAUUGAGAUGGGCCCCAACGGCUAUGCGCUCGAGAAAAAGGUCAAGACACCCCCUCGCGCGACUUCUGAAGACGGGGGAGAGGGCGCCGAUCUGACUCGGCGGGUCAGCAAGCGGCAGCAGGAGAAAGCUCCCGAAGGCCGCCCUCCGCACACGAAUGGCGACUCGAGCGCUCCUGCUGCAGACAGAGUAGUUACAAAUGAUAACGCCUCUCAUCACGAAGAUGCGCUGCCAGAGGCGGUUGGAGGCGACUACGCGCAUGCAGACGACGCUGCCAAUGAAGCGGGACCUGCGCCUGUUGAGAGCAAGUUUCAAGCACGUCUAGAAUGA